CUGGGUUUAUCUUUGCCUGCGCCAACAUCUGCGCCCAGAGAGAACAAAUGUCCUGCUGGCACUACUGACUCUUACAUGCCGAAUUCACAUGGAUAACAAUCGGAAGAAAUUAGUCCAUGCAGUUACCCUACCCUAUCCUGAUCAACAAUGGCCAAAAUUAUCCUCCGACCAUGAGCAAGUCAUCCUAAGCCUUCUCCUCCCAUUACUACAGCCAGUCGGCGAUUUUAGACGAGAUCAUAUCCUACGAUCCAAAGGCAAAGGACGAGCCAGGAAGAAAAAUUCCAUACAGGAGCAAUGCACGGUGCAAGAGUGGAUGCCUGAUGUAUUUGGUCACCUUACUAUAGGAUUUAAUAGCACUAUUCGAAGACUUGAAGCUCUUGCCAGUCACCGGCAGCCACCAUCCCCUCUUCCAAAGUCAGAUGUCAAACGAUCCCGAGACCCUCCUGCAGCACUUUCAGCGGUGUUUGUCUGUCGCGAAAAUCUCCCAGAUAUGUUAACCUCCUCCUUAUCUUUGCAGGUCACAACUUCUGCUCCUCGGUCGACUCGAGCUAGACUGAUUCCUGUUUCUCCGCAAUCUGGGGCCAAAAUAGCACGAGCACUACACCAGCCUCGCGUUGGGUUACUCGGUGUAGAAAAGGAUGCUCCGGGGUCUAAAGCUUUGCUGAAUUGGGUAUCAGAUAAUGUGGAAUUGGUUGAGAUCCCGUGGCUAGAGAAAGUAUCGAGCUCCACGUACUUUCCGGUUAGUGUGAAGACCCAUGAGAUAACCACAGAUCCAAAAUCCAAGGCUCGGAAGAGGAAAGGAACGGAGAUGGACGUGGGAUAAUGGUGGCAAUGUUGCCAUGUGACUACCAUCACUGAAUGAAUGGGAUCCGCACCGGGACACGAUCACGAUAAUUCAGGUAUUGUUGGCCGAAGAAGGAGACAAGAUGACGUUCUUCGUCUAGACAAGACAGUCAGCACUUCAAGGUUGGAGGACAGCAAGAGCUCGACUCACUCCUGAUACGGUGGUUGAAAAACUUCCACAACACCACCGCAUACGCCACCAAACACAGUCGAUUGCCCAUCAAUACCUGAGUCCCCAGUCCCCACCAAAAGAAGCCGAAAUAAGACGGGUGUCGGGAGAAUGCAUACACCCCGUGAGUCACCAAGACAUGAUCAGAACGCUUGGUCCAUUGGACGACGUGAUUGAAAUUGGUAUUGGCUUGCUUCAUGGCAGUGCUUCUCACGAACUGGCCAACAACAACUAGGACAAUACCAGUCCCUACGCUCAGAGAGGUUGGAACACCUAGAGUCAACGAGGGUAUGGGGAAGGGUAGACUGAGCCACUGAGGCUUGUAUGCGGAGUGCAGCCAGUAGCGGAGCAGUAGCUCCAGUAUCGCAGUCGUGUGGGCUGCCGCAUAGGCCAUACCAUUAGAAAGUAAAAGGUACGAUGAGAUUGAUG